GUUUAUUGUUUAAUAUCAGAGUGGAUUAAUGAAGUAGUGGAAAUUACUUUAAAGAGAUUUUUAUUUUUAUUUUAAAAUUUGUGCGGGUAUUCUCCGGAAUAUCCAUAAUGUAUGAAACGUCUACAUUGACAACGGUACUCAUAGGUGCAUCGGUGACACUCGUAACCUAUAUAAUAUGGUACUUCUAUGAUGCUUUUCAAUACUGGAAGAGAAGAGGAAUCCCCGAAAUCAAGCCCGCCAUUUUUCCGUUCGGUAACACAUUGAAUCUAUAUCUAGGAAAAGAAACAUUUGGUGAAGUAUUUUCAAAUGCAUAUUUAGAAUUUAAACGAAGAGGCAAGAAACAUGGAGGGAUAUAUUACAUGCAACAACCAAUUUAUAUCCCAGUCGAUCCCGAAAUCAUUAAAAAAAUCAUGAUUAGCGACGCUCACUACUUUCCCAAUCACUCGAUGUAUAUCAGUCCCAAAGACGAUAUUCUAUCUGGACAUUUAUUUAACAUGGAAGAUAGGGAAUGGAAAACACUUCGGACUAAGACUCCCUCAAUUUUUACUUCGGCUAAAAUGAGAAAGAUGUACCUGAUAAUGCAAAGAAUGGUGGAUCCCUAUAGAGGGUGGUUGGAUAAAUUCUGUGAAACAAAAGAAGCAGUAGACAUCAAGAGCGUGGUUUCACGUUUCACCACUGACAUAAUCUGCGCAUGUGCUUUCGGCAUCGACACCAACACACUCAAACUUGAAAACGAAGAACUCCUCUACCACGCACGUCAGUUUUUCGACUACCAAUGGAAACUGUCCAAGAACACUGUGGUGAUGGCAUUUCCUAGGAAGUUGCUACAGGCUAUUAAAUUUAGAAUAUUUCCCAAAAGCACUGAGAAAUACGUGCUUGAUAUGUUUACUGAUAUCUUUAAUUAUAGAAAACAAAAUGAUAUCUUCAGGAACGAUUUAACAGAUACACUUAUGCGAUUGACCGAGAAGAAUGAAGACGAGAAGGAUUACACCGGAGAAAACGUGAUUGAGCCAAUGGAUAUCAAAGAAUUUUCAUCUCAAAUGUUUAUGUUCCUCUGCGCAGGCUUUGAAACUUCAUCUACUACUCAAACUUUUGCUCUGUAUGAACUGGCAAAGAACCCAGAUGUACAGUCUAAAUUAAGGAACGAGAUCAAUAGGGUUUUGGCUAAACAUGACAAUAAAAUGACAUAUGAUGCCCUAAUGGAGAUAAAAUAUUUGGAACAUUGUGUUGAUGAGACACUCCGAAUAUACCCCAUAUUUCCCAUACUAGUAAGAGGUUGUAAGGAAGACUAUCCAAUUCCUGGAACAGACUUUACCUUAGAAAAAGGCACAUUUGUUAUGGUUACUAAUCUGGGAAUCCACAGAGAUCCUGAAUACUAUCCCAACCCACUUCAAUUUGACCCGGAAAGAUGGACCUAUGAAAACAGCCUUAACAGACCAUUUGUGGCUAAUCUGCCGUUUGGUGAAGGACCCAGGAUUUGUGUUGGUAAACGUUUUGGCCUUCUACAGACGAAAUUAGGACUCGCAACAUUAAUAAAAGACUACGAGGUCAGUCUUAGUGAUAAAACUACAAAAGGAUUUAAAUUCGUCAGUUCCCAGUUGAUUCUAAGAAAGGAAGGUGAUGUUUGGAUUAAUCUGAAGAAAGUAAAAAGUUAGAAAUAUUCUAGCUGGUGAUAUAUUUAGAAUUAAGUAAAUAAUGUUUUAUUAUUUCAAGAGUUUGAGUUCACCAAAAAUGGUGCUUAAAAUAUUUAAACCAUGAGAUUUAACUUUUAGUUUAACUAGUUUAAUUAUAUCUGUACAUUUUGCUUGUGUGUAAGUGUAGUGUAAAGUUGAGCUUGAGAUUUUUAAUAAAUUAAAUAAAGACUUAAGU